AUGAUGUCGGACGCCGGAGGUGCUCGCAGUCCGGACCAGCUGAACAAAUUCGAGAGGCUGACAGGGAGGCCGCCGCACACUGAGAUACUAGCAGGUCGGUCAACAACAUUAGCAGGACGGGCUAACGGCGGCUUUACCUCAACAGUGUCUCUUUAUAUAUCUGUCAAAAUACUGCUGUACGACCAGGACUAGCUCUGUCAUCAUAUGCAUUUGAGGGAACUUAAAGUUACCCUGUCUGGUGACAUUGCUCAGCGUAACGAUCAGGCUAGCACCAUCCAUCAGUUUUGCUUAAAUGUAGAGCUGUAAGGCCAAGAAUACUGUACCACAGCCUGUCAAAAUGCUGCUCUCUUUUAAAACCUUUGUAUCAAUUUGAUCAAUAGAGUAUUUAACACACAUGACCGGGUUUUUGCAGAGCAGUAGAAGCUUCAUGCCUCAUUGCUUGCUCUGUUUUGAAGGUAUCAUGGCAGCUAACUGAGAAGAUUUCCUCUCAUUUCUUAAAUUAAUCAUUGGAAAUGAGCUGAUCGACAUUAACAGAUAGAUUAAGAGGAUCGAUCAUAUGUGGGGAAAAAGCCAGGAAUGAUUGACUCUAAUAUUUUACAUCUAAAAAUCAGCAGAACAGAGAGAUGCUGUACUGGUGCUGCCUGCAUUUCAAAGUUGUCUCAAAUUCAGGCAAGCCAUUAUCAAAUGCAAUUUAAAAAGGAAGGUUUAAUUCCCUUAAAAAUAUCAUUUCUUGAAGUGAAACACCGAUAGGAAUUUAGUUGUUUUAGUUUCUGUCCACUUGAAAUGGUUGUUCCAAUUUGCUCCUGUUCUGCUCAAGUUGUGGCUUGUCUCAUUUUUCCAGGGUGGAUGUUCAUUAACUUCAAUUUUCCUGACACAUUACCCUCAGUUCUCAAUUGGCUUGACAUUCAAUAUACUUAUUACGGGCGAUGAAUGGAUUGUUGUCAUUUGGACUGCGGUCUGCUAUGAUUCUGAACUUUUGAUAAUCACUUUGACACUAUAAAAGCCAAAGUAUUGAACUUUUUUUUACGUGUUAGAUGCACUGCAAGGUUGUAUUUGUGUAUCUUUGGUGUUGCUCUGUCUCUGUCUUCUGUCAUAAUGAUAACUUCAUAUUGAUCAAGGAAAGAGGAAUGUAUGACGUUUUAAAAGUGGUUGCAUUUGGAUGUAUUGGCACGUUCAGUCAUGUUUUUUGUUGUUGUUGUUGUUGUUGAGAAAAACAACCAGUUGUACUUACUUCACUUAACUUUUCCUCAUACCUGUGCAUACCUGCAAGGCAUGCAUCAAAUGGUUAUUUCACACUUUCACUCACCAAUACUAACUCUGGACAGCGUACUGUCAUGUUCAGAGGUAUGAAAAUAUGGAAUAGUCUUCCUUCUGUUUUUACAAGGUCAACCAGUAAACACGUGUUAAAAAAGAAGGUAUACCAAUAUCUAAAGACCCAGACUCACUGAAAUAAAAAGAAACAGAACACCUAGACUAGGCUGUGACAACAUAAAAUACAUGCAAAGAGGAUUUUGAUAACUUGUACAUUUAACUUGGCCUUUAUUGGUGUUUGUUUUAAUUAGAAAUGUAAUGUCAUCAUAAUUCUUGUUUUAGUUAUGAUUCUAACAUCUUGUAUAAUUCUCCUGUUUAGACUUUUAUCAUUUUAAUGUACAAAAAUGUUUAAUGUCUUCUUGUGGACCCUAGGAAGAGUAACUGCUACCUAGGUAGUAGCUAAUGGGGAUCCAAAUAAAAAAUUGAAUACCUGUGAACUAUGUGUCCUCCACUUAAACUGUAUUUUGUCCUCCUAAGGUCUUCGUACUCCCCCUGCCCGCAGUGGGCAUCGCUGUGUAGCUGACAACACAAACCUGUAUGUGUUUGGAGGAUACAAUCCUGACUAUGAUGAAUCAGGGGGCCCCGAGAACGAAGACUAUCCACUGUUCAGGGAGUUGUGGAGGUACCACUUUGCCACAGGCUGCUGGCAGCAGAUUCGCACAGAGGGCUAUAUGCCCACAGAGCUGGCAUCUAUGUCAGGUGAAAAACUGUCCUUCUUUUAGCUUUGAAUAAUUAGCUUCUUCUUUGACAUUUCAGUUAUCAGUGCAAAUAACACGAUAACACCAGAUCCUGAUGUUUAAAAUAAUGUAAAUGACUUUGUUUGUUUUAUUUUUUCAGCUGUUUUGCACGGUAACAACCUCCUGGUGUUUGGCGGCACUGGCAUCCCAUUUGGUGAAAAUAAUGGCAAUGAUGUACAUGUUUGUAAUGUGAAGUACAAGCGGUGGUCACUGCUCAACUGUCGAGGGAAGAAGCCAAAUAGGAUAUAUGGACAGGUAAACCUGUAAAAUGAUCUUUGAUUUUACUGCUUUAUGACUAAUUUAUGUUAAAGGGUUUCAGAUAAAAUAUUAAAGAGACUUAAAUUCUUUCAAACUGGAACCAGUGGAAGCUGCAUCUCAUUGUUACUGUCCAUCUUUCCUCUUUCAGGCGAUGGUUAUUAUAAAUGGCUUCCUGUAUGUUUUUGGAGGAACGACUGGCUACAUCUACAGCACAGACCUUCAUAGGCUGGACCUGACCACCAGGGAAUGGAUCCACCUUAAGCCCAACAAUCCUCCUGAUGAUCUGCCUGAGGAGCGGUAAGGCUUUUACUGGCGAAUGUGCUUUAAGAUCAAACAAAAGUAGUAAUUCUUUUUGAGCUGUAAAUAAUGACACAGCUUGUCACCACAUGUGUCACAGAUACAGGCAUGAAAUAGCACAUGACGGACAGAGGAUCUACAUUCUGGGAGGAGGAACCUCUUGGACUUCUUACCCUCUGGACAAGGUACUUUUACACAUAGACUCAUUAACUCUUUGACUUGUAAUCUUAUCUUGUAUGACAGCCAAAGCAGUAUCUGGUCUAUGAACAGUAUUUUCCCAUCAUUGUGUGCGUUAGUUUGAUGAGAGAGAAUGAAUAAAUGCACUGGAUUGAAUUUUAGUCACUACACUGAACCCUCACUCAGGAUUGUAACAAAAAAUAUGUUUUGUUGAAAGAUACAUGCCUACAAUCUGGAGACCAAUUCCUGGGAGGAGAUAACAACAAAACCUCAUGACAAAAUAGGUCUGUACUCUGAACCUCAUCUUUCCAUCAGUCAGUUUUAUCCUCAUUUACACCAUUUUAAAUUGUCUGUGCUUUCUCAGGGUAUCCAGCGCCCAGGAGGUGCCAUAGCUGUGUACAAAUAAGAAAUGGUAAGAGUUUUUAUGAUUACCUGCAAACACACACAACUUUUCCUUUAGUUGGAAAAUCUUGAUUCAUUCUUCAUGUGUGUUAAAGUUUGUGUAUCAAAGUUCCUGUCAGAAGUUUGAGCUGUUAGUGACACAGACUGAAAUCAGGACUGGAUCAUCUACAGGAAUUUUAGCGGCAAAUGUGAGGGAUUUGAUUAAUUAUUUUUACAUAUGUAUUUAGCUUUCUUGUCUGUCCUGCCGCAGGGUAGGUGUAAAACAUAUUUUGUGGUAAAUUUCGGUAGGAAACCAUCAGAAACCAUCCAUUAUCCAAAACCAGAGUUCCUUACAGGAGCAUAAAGCAGAUUGAAUCUCAUGUAAAGCUUCAUGAUCAGUGUCUGACCCUCUCUCUCUCUUCUCUUGCAGAUGUAUUUAUCUGUGGAGGAUACAAUGGGGAACUUAUAUUAGCUGAUCUUUGGAAGAUCAACCUGCAGACCUUCCAGUGGAACAAACUACCAGCUGUGAUGCCUGAGCCUGCCUACUUCCACUGUGCUGCUGUCACACCAGUCAGUACAACACAACGCUACAAAGUCACUCUAAAUAUGAAAUGAUACCUCUGUUAAGUUAAUACAUUUAGUGGAUCAAAAGCUAUGUCCUACUGUACCCGGUCUGCUGAGGCUGCAUCAGAUGCAUCCUUCACGGCCCCACUUAUCCCAUGAUUCUUUGUGCGCUAAUACAAUCAAGAUGGCAGACCCCCGAGCUGCUGAGCAAUACACUGUUCAAUAAUAGGAUUUAGUUGUAACUCAGUGGCGAGCAAACAAAUGCUGCUUAGGAAAGAAGCACUGAAAUUUAGAAUGUGUUUAGCUAACUAUGCCUGCUGGUCCCUGUUGCUAAGUGACAGGAGCAGCGCUGCGGGAUGUAAUCACACAAUCCUCUGAACUAACCAUGUCAUUACAUAGAAUAGGUAAUCUACUGUAAGUUAGUAUACCUUGAAACCUUAAAAACUGCAUCAUUUUGAAAUAUAGCCCUUAUAAACAUAUUCAUUAUAAACCACAAACUGUAAGUGAUUGGGAGACCAGAAGCCCUUGUUGAUUUAUAAAGUGAACUUUUUUUUUUAGUCUUUAUAUUAAACUUGAUGUCCUUCUCCAUCCUUGUCUCUAGGCUGGCUGUAUGUACAUCCACGGUGGUGUAGUGAACAUCCAUGAGAACAAGAGGACUGGCUCUCUGUUUAAGAUCUGGCUGGCUGUACCCAGUCUGCUGGAGCUCUGCUGGGAGAAGCUCUUAAAGGCCUUCCCCCACCUGACUUCACUCCCCACCAUGCAGCUGCUCAACCUUGGCCUCACACAGGAACUCAUUGAACGCUUGAAAUAG